CAAAAGACUGGCCUGGGCCGGGAGGGGCGAGGGGGCGAGAGGCCGUAGGGAAAGCGCUUGGUAUCAACCACUUAAAGCAGCGCAGGAGCGGGGAGGGCAGCUGGAGGCUGUUCUCUAGUAAUUGCCCCGCGUGGGGCCACGUGAUUGGAGAGGUGCCGCCCUCACUCUCGAGCCAGGUGUUCGAAUCCCGUCUCCAGAACUGGCGGCGCCCCAGCCUGGUCGGCGCGAAGCGCCAGAGGACCCGCCCUGGGGCUCAUGGCAGCGUCGGUCCGCCUGGGCCGGAAACGCCCGCUGCCCGUUUGCCCCAACCCACUCUUCGUUCGCUGGCUAACCGAAUGGCGGGACGAGGCAGCCAGCAGGGGGCGCCGCACGCAAUUCGUAUUUCAGAAGGCGCUGCGCUCCCUCCGGCGGUACCCACUGCCCCUGCGCAGCGGCAAGGAAGCUAAGAUCUUGCAGCACUUCGGAGACAGGCUGUGCCGUAUGCUGGACCAGCGGCUGCAGCAGCACAAAGCAUCGGGGGGUGACCAUGCCCGGAGUUCACCUUCUGGAGAGAAGAGUUCAACCCCAGAAGGGCCACCUGCGAGAGUCCGAGACUCUUCCAUGCCAAUUCCAGCCCAGCCCAAAGCAGGAGGCUCUGGCAGCUACUGGCCAGCUCGGCACUCGGGAGCACGAGCAGUACUGCUGCUGCUUUACAGGGAACGCUUGAAUCCUAGUGGCCAUAGUUUCCUAACAAAGGAGGAGCUGCUGCAGAGAUGUGCCCAGAAAGCUCCCAGGGUGGCUCUUGGGAGUACUCGACCCUGGCCAGCCCUCCGCUCCCUCCUCCACAGGAACCUGGUUCUCAGGACACACCAGCCAGCCAGGUACUCGCUGACUCCGGAGGGUCUGGAGCUGGCCCAGAAGCUGGCUGAGUCAGAGGGCCUGAGCUCACUGGAUGUGGGCUUCAGGCCAGAGGAGCCCCCUGGGAAGGAGCCAGAAGUGCCAGGAGCGGCCUCUGCUGAGCUUGGUGCUAGUGAAGGGAGUGUCCAGCAGCUGCCACUGGAGCUUGGGCCUGGAGAGUACAGGGUGCUGUUGUGUGUGGACGUUGGCGAAGCCAAGGGGGCAGGGCACAGGCCAAAAUUGCUCCUGGAGCUACAGCGGCUGCAUGUGACCCAUGUAGUGCGCAAGUUGCACGUCGGGGACUUUGUGUGGGUGGCUCAGGAGACCAGGCCCAGAGACCCAGCAAGACCUGGGGAGCUCGUCCUGGACCACAUCGUGGAGCGCAAGCGGCUAGAUGAUCUGUGUAGCAGCAUCAUAGAUGGCCGCUUCCGAGAGCAGAAGUUCCGGCUGAAGCGCUGUGGUCUGGGGCACAGAGUAUACCUGGUGGAGGAGCAUGGCUCUGCACACCACCUUAGCCUUCCUGAGAGCACGCUGCUGCAGGCUGUCACGAACACUCAGGUCAUCGAUGGCUUCUUUGUGAAGCGCACAGCAGACAUCAAGGAGUCAGCUGCCUACCUAGCCCUCUUGACGCUGGGCUUGCAGAGGCUCUACCAGGGCCAUACCCUACGCAGUCGCCCCUGGGGAACCUCAGGGGAUCCUGAAUCAAGGCCUGGGCCCUCCCCACAUCCUCUCUGCUCACUCCUCACCUUCAGUGACUUCAACGCGGGAGCCAUGAAGAACAAGGCCCAGUGUGUGCAGGAGGUGUUCGCCAGGCAGCUGAUGCAGGUGCGGGGAGUGAGUGGGGAGAAGGCAGCAGCCAUAGUGGGCCAGUACAGCACCCCUGCCAGCCUCCUGGCCGCCUAUGACGCGUGUGUCACCCCCAAGGAACAGGAGAUGCUGCUGAGCACCAUCAAGUGUGGUCGACUGCAGAGGAAUCUGGGGCCUGCUCUGAGCAGAAUCUUUUCCCAGCUCUACUGCUGCUACAGCCCUCUGACCUGAGCCAUCCCGUGAGGCCAACUACACCACCACCCCCCGCCUUCAUGGGCUAGCCAGCCUUUUAAGCCACUGGGCUACAAUAAAAAUAUAAGUAUUUGCA